AAAGGCGCUCUUGGCUUGAUUGUGAUGGAAAGGCCGAAAGAAGUACUGCAAUGGAGUUCUCCAGAGUGUCAAGCUGUGGUGGGCUAAGAGUGCUCAACUACAAAGUCAGAUAUUGGCUAACAAGGGCCUGUGAAGCUUUGAUGGCAUCAGGAUGCAGUUUGUUCACAAGAAUGGAGCUGGAAGAGGAUCCUCCAUCCAUGAAAGAAAGGUCUAAUCCAGCAAAAGGACUGAAAAUGGAGGUGAUCUCAGCAAGCUUAGCCGUCUUGGAUACCGAAUCCUACAAGAAAAUUACACAGUCUUAUAGCAUAGGUCUGACCAGAGGCUCGGUUCCAACUAUUCUUUCUAAGGACAACUUCGCUCCUAGCGAAAGAUCAAAGGCCAGCGCCUUAAUCUUAAUAUCCACGGAAAUCGAAAGGAACCGCGCAUACGCUAGAAAGACGUAUAGGCAAGCCUUUCUUUAUGAUCAUAUGGAUCACUUUUCGCAUAGAUUGCAGUCUAACCAGCUUUCGAAUUUUAGGGGCCUUAUGCCUUCGAAAGGAAACUCCUGCAAAUCCUGGAUGGAUCAAAGUCUACCCUUUUUUGAAAGGGUUGAUCUACCGCCCUGGAAGUCUGUUCCAACAGCACCUAUAAUGUCUGAUUUGCUUAGGAGAGUCGAAGUCUUUCGACAAAAGAAAAGAAAGAAUCUUAGUAAUACGAUGUGCAGUUGGCUUUCUGUA